AUGCGGGGGAGAACAAUUCCACCGCAGUCGAGAGACGCGUGUGGGAAUUUCGCCAUCCCGACAACCACGCGGAUUAAAGGUGACGACGACGUUGGUGUGGAUGAACUUGUUCGUCUAUUGGGGACUUCUGUUCGAAACGCCAUUGCUGCUUAUGUUGAGAUGCUGUCUCCUGAUAGGGACGGGCGCGAUAUCAUCGCAAACAAUGUGAAAAACUUCUUUAGACGCGGAGUCACACCAGAAACCAAUCUCAUAGCAGUCUCCGAUUUGACUAGGUUUCGAUUCGACGAAGCUGAUUUCGGGUGGGGGAAGCCGGUUUGGAGCGGCAUGGGACCGCAGCAGCCGCUGGGCAACAUUGUGAAGCUCAUGUGCAGCAAAGAGGGCGACGGGAUCGAGGCGAUCGUGACGUUGCAACAAAAUGAGAUGUGUUGCUUUGAGCAAGAUGAGGAGAUGAAGAUCUUCAUGUCUAAUUAG